ACUUUUUUUUGGUUUUCUAUGAAAAAGCAGAAUGUUUAAUGCCUAAUAGGUCAUAGCUUAUUUUGAACAUUCCUUUUUGCUUAUAAGGUGAUUUAAUGAUAUUCAAUGGAUAGCACUCUCAAAUAGAUUUAUAAAGAUAUCAAUUAGUAUUUGAUAAAACCCCAUCAAAAGCUGGUUGACCGGUUGACAGUUUAUGAGGAGAUAAUUGACAGUUGAUCAAUUGAGACAUCUUGUAACUGUCAAGUCAUGGUGCUAACAAGAUAUAUGUACUACAAGUCACUGGACACUUUACUCUCUGUACAGUGUCUGUCUCUGUUGGAUUGUUUUCUUAUUGCGUAUUGUUUAUACGGAAUAAGUUAUGUAUUCUGUGAAAAUGUGAUACCUGAAAGUGAAGGAUUGACUGUAUUACCAAUAUAAUUAUUAGUGUGCUGAAAUUAAAAAUGAAGGAGUUUACAUUAGAACGGGUUGGCAGGAAGUCAUUCUAUGGAUUUACAUAUUUUGGUGAUGAAUUACCUCAACCUGUAAGUGAAACUUGUUUGGAUCUUAUAAAAUGAUGUGGCAUGUUAUCACCCAGUAUACCUUUUAACAACACCUGCAAGGACACCGCUCUACACAGACAGAGUUUCCUUUCCAAUGGAUAGAAUUCCUAGUAACUUACUUGUUUAGAGCAAAACAAGCACAUUUUAGUCUUCCAAGUGGUGUUCACUGUAAAGAGGUGGAACAAUAUAUCUUCUAGUGAUCUAGCUUGGACAGUGCUCUGGACAUUUCUUGAACUAAAAAAGCAUUCAUAUUAAGGUUCAGCAUGUAAAAGUUCUUUUACUCUUCUCUUUGUUUUGCUCUGAACCAAAACAUUGUAACAAUUAGUUUCUCUGUUUUGGAUGGUAAAACUGCUCUUUUUCAGUUUUUGUUAUAAAUGGGAUGUAUUAUGUUAUAGCAUUCUACAAACGUCCAUCAACUUUUUCGUUUUUUCUCUAAGUCUGAAAGUAUUAUAGCAACAAUUUUUAAUCUUUAGUCAUUGCUUAAAUAUCAAAAGAGAAGAUCACUAAUGUUUCGGGGGUCAAUGAUUCAAAGGACUGAAAUUUUUGUAACUUUUUCACUUUCUUGCUUUUGAACUCAAAUUCAGCUUUCAAACUGAUUUAUGUAUCAAAUAAGAAAAAAUUCUGUUCAAACUUAACUUCUAAAUUACCACUAUAUACCAGUAUCUCCAGGGCCGAAUUUUGAGGUGCAUCUUUGAUGAGUAUAAGUCACUUCUCGGCCAACUGGGGGAUGGGCACAGGCCCCCUCGGCCGGGCACUGGAUCCGGGCCUGAUCUCUGUGGAAUCUAUAAGCUGACAAGAACUGAAUAAUAUAUACAGUGCAACUUGCAUUAAGACACAACAUAAUGGAAGGGCAGAAUGGUCUCUUAUCACAAGUGGUCUUUUUAGCUUGAAGUAGAGCUGUUGCACUCACCCUGGUGUCCGCGUUGCCAUUGGUUGAAGUUUUCGAUAAAGUCAAAUAUCUCUGUUGCUAUCAAAGCUAUUGACUUGAAACUUAAAAUAUUGUUUACUAUCAAAGUCUACACCGUGAGAAACAAUCUCCAUAACUCUGAUUUGAACUUUGACAGAGUUAUGCCUCUUUUUAACUUAGAAUUUUUUGGUUAAAGUUUUUGAUAAAGUCAAAUAUCUCUGUUACUAUCAAAGCUUUUGACUUGAAACUUAAAAAGUUAUUUACUUUCAAAGUCUACAACAGGAGAACAAUCUCCAUAACUCUGAUUUGAAUUUUGACAGAGUAAUGCCCCUUUUUAACUUAGAAUUUUUUUAUUAAAGUUUUAUAAAAAGACUUAUGGCAAAGCUCUAUUUCCAAGUCAAGCACUGAGAAAAGUCGAGCGUGCUGUCUCAUGAACAGCUCUUGUUAUAUAAUAUAAUUUGCUCAUUAACAACACAAAAAGGAACUGAAAAAGUUGUCUCUUAGAUUAAUGGAAAUGGUCUGUAGUGUCUUAUAUUGUUUCUUUGUUUAUUACAGCUGAUAUUAGUAAAAGUAUUAAAUAGAAAAGUAUGUUUAGCUAUUUUGUUAGACAUUGAUACAUACAGUGAUCUUAUCAGUCUGGUUUAAGUUCACGGUCAGUUUAUACAGGUAUGCUUGACCUCACCUGUAUUGUAAUUAACCAGUAAAAUUAUCAUAAAAAAUUAAUAACAUGGGAAGUGAAAAUGUAUCAGGCAGAAUUGGUCAUGUAUUUUUAUAUGAAUUAAAGGUCUCUUUCAACAUUUAUUUUACAAAGGAACCUAGUGUUCCAACUAUCUUUGCAGUAUAUCAAGAUUUGUCAUUCAGUUGGUGAGGUGACAUUAAAACAGUUUGGAUAUACAGUACAAUCGCGAUCCUACGAAAAGCCAAAGGACCGGCCGUUUUUUUCAUAAUAUCGCAUUUUCGUUUGAGCGUAGCAUAGGAAAUUUCGCUAUACAGCACCUUAAUAUCUACACAUCGUAACUCGUGAUAUUUAUACAUGUGAUUUUCGUAUCGGACUACAUGUAUACCAGUUUUAUAUGUACAUCUGGCUUUACUACAAAUCAUAUUCGAAUCUAAACUCAGAUGGUAUGUAGAAUGUAGAACGCGUUUUUUUCUUCACUUUUUAUUCACUGUACAUAAAACAUAUACAGGGUACAUUGUUGCACGAGAAAAAAAUCGCAGUUGCAUAUUCCGAUACCCUCAGCUACCCUUAACCGAAUUGUUUGGUAUAAUAAACCAACAAUAUACAGACGAUCAGGCCUUAAAUGUUGUUUUAUUUUCUUUAUGCAGUGAUUCUUUAAGACGUAUAGAUAUCGAAGCAAGUGUGUCUUGUAUGCCAUCCGAUCGGUUGUUAUAGGAGAAAAAAUUAACCACUAACUUGUGUCAUAGUGUACAGCGUGUGUUUUGAAUUUAAUUACUAAGUUUUCACGCUUUAAUCACUUUUUACGCCCAGCUAAAUGAUAGUGACACUUUCCACUCUAAAGCAUUUUCACUCCGUUAUGGAAGGUGUGAAAACUUAGACGAUGCAUUCGUAAAAUUGCAACUAAAACAAGUUGAAAACAGGCUUUAAGGGGAUAACAAUACAUUCGUAGGAGCGCAUUUUUCGUAAAAUUGCAUUUUUGUAAAACCGCGACUUUGUUACAUAGAAAUAAGAAGGAAAGCUGCCGGGACCACAACACCUUUUGGUAGUAUACCGGUAUUUCGUUAAAUUGCGAUUCUUAGCAUCGCGAAUGCACUGUAUAUAAAGUCUUCUUUUUUAGGAAUACCAACUAAAUACUAUAUAAUUAUCUUAGAGAAUAAAGUUACACCUUGUUUGUAUUACAUUAAAUAAAGGUUUAACAAUUAGUGAAACUCUGCCUAAGGGGACAUUCUUAAAGUGUUUUACAUGAUUUACAUACCCCACCCAAAAGCUGGAGGCUGGAGAUAACUGGGUUAGGUUUGUAUCAAGUCAGAUAACGACUGACAAACAUCAAUCAAACAGUGAACUACCAAAACCUCUAACCUAUGUUUAUUUGGUCUAAUAAGCAUUUUUAUUACAUUAGCUGAAACAUAACUAAGAGUCAAUGACUUAAGUCACAAUAAUCUGUUAGCAGGUUCACACUGAAACAUCACAUAUUUGAUUUAAGAAUAUUCUAUCCCAAAAAAGCGAAUUAAAUGCUUGACAGUGAUCCAUUAUCAAAAGUUCGCCAACUAAAUGCAUGAUGUUGGUUAUUUGCAGCAUUUCAUCUGAGGUUGUAUUCAAAUAAAACAGAUGGUGUUGUUUUUUUUAUUGCUACAUUUUACACUGCACUGCUAUAUUUAGGAUUUUUGCAAGUUUUAUUGUAUGAAUGGUUGUCCAAAGGCUACUUGUUGUAUUGUUGAUGGAAUGAUAACAAAGAUCAUCAUAUAAGAUAAAAGUGACCAAGAAUUGAUACAUAAAGCAAAAACUGUUACAGUUACUGCUGUCAAUUCUAAUAAUAUAUAUGAAGUUUGGUAUAUAUGCCAGCAUUUGGGGUUAUAUCAGGCAGGUUUUUAAGAGAAGUCUGGGGGAAUGGUCACACAAAAGUAUUAAGUAUAUAAGUCUAAUGGCACACUAUGGUUAAUAUUUGAGUAUGAAUAAUUUUUACUGAGAUAGCUGUCAUUCUGUUGGGUUUUUAUAACUGUCACUGGCACCAUUAUUCUUGUUUAGUGCUAGAAUGGCAGUCAUCUGUUUUGGUGUUCAGUAAUUGGUAGGUAAUAUAUCUACGGUAGUUGUAAUGAUUUUAUUAUGAAAAUUAGGGCAAUUUCUUCUACAUGAACAUUCUGUCCAUUGAUUGGAAAUUUCAUUAGGUAGCUUUGCACUUAACAUUUCAGUUAUUAAAAUAUUUCUGAAGCUGAUUGUUCCAAUUUUAAUUGUAACAUACCCAACAGUAAAAUUGGGUGACUUUCCUACAAACAGUGGUCUGACAACACUGGUGCUGUUAAUCAAUGUGCAGUACAGUUGACAAGUCAAGGGAGCCAAAAAAAAAUCCAGAAUUAUAUUAAAUAUAUGCCUGACAAUUUAGAGUGUAUGAUCACAGGAUCUGAAUCCCGUUAAAGCCAUCUAUGUUUGCUGUAUUCUCUUUGAUUUCUUGUGAUACUAUAUCUAGGAAGUUUUGAUAGGAAGUUUUGUUUAGAAGUUUUGUUAAAGUUUAUACAGAUUAAUGUUAUACAGUUUGCAUUUUACAUGUGAAGUAAUUGUAGAUGCACAAGCAUGCUUUACGAGAUUGUUUGAAAGGUUUUAUCAGUAGAUAGCUGGUUGGUUAUUUUCUACAUUUACAGAAGUUGUUGUCCUAUACAGUGUAAUAGUAACUGGAUAGGACUUGCAAUAAAGUCAUCGUAGAAUACUGUGAUGUUAUACCUUUAUGGGGAUAUAAUUUUUGUGUGAACAUUUUGUAAGGAACACUUCCAUUGUUAUGUGAGACUUUUACAUGGAUUUUCAUUUCUACUUGUAUAAGCAGUUUUAUCUUUUAUCUUGCUGAAACAGAUGUUGAAGUUUCAUAUUAUGUUACAAAGGCAUUAAUAUUUUAUGUUAAGUUUAUACAUAAUGAAAUAAUGAUUUUGUGUUGAGGAAGUAAACAUUUUGAUAAUAUUUGUCAGCUGGAGUGAAUGAAACACAGCAAAUAGGGAACAUUGUAAUUUGAUAGUACCGUAUAAUAGGUUUACAUCUUCAAACAUACUGUACUGUGUCUACUUUUUAGUAAAAAAAAUAUGUCAUAAAAAUUUUUUUUCACAACAAAUGUGAUUAAAAUGGUAUUCGCUUCCUUUUAAAUAUAUUUUUUGUAAGUUUUAUGUUAUCUUUAUUUCCUGGAUGAAAAGAGCUGUGAUGGAAAAUAAUGCUUUGUUUUUAAUUUGGGUAAUGGAAAUUACAGUCCCAUUAGCAAUUAACUUCUGCCUUCCAGUUUACUGUUUUUGUGACAGAUGACUGCACUAAUGCAUACUGCUAGCAUUGGGAUAAGUAACAGGAUCAUAUUUUUGCUUUAACCGAAUUCUGUGUACUUAAAUUUGUGAAGUCAAUCAAGACUUUAUGAUACAAUUUAUAUGGUUUAUCACCAUAACAUAUUGAUUGAUGUUGCAUGAUAUAAUGUUUUAUAGUGACUAGUGAUUACAGGAUAAUACAGGGGUAUGGGAAAAAGUGACUGAAGGGUAUUGGAAUGCAAUGAUAGUGUUGUGUUUUUUCAAAGAGUUAUUUGAGCCGUGCCAUGAGAAAACCAACAUAGAGAGAAUCAUGAAGGCGGAACAAAGUAUUUUGAAUUUGGAUAUUCCAGGAGAACUUGCCUACGUGUACAACAAACUGGAUGGUUGGAAAGCGCCACACAGUGACAGACAGAUUAUCUCUGUGAUCGGAGAUGUUGUUCCAAUGGAUAUGAACUAUCGGUUACCAGGUGACAUCAACUCACAUGCAUUCAGCAAAUAUGCUGGAGCCUACUUCAAGAAUCCUGACUGGGGUGUAAGUGUAGAACCAAUCAGGACAGCAUUGACCAAAGUACAGGGAGAACAGAAUAAUAGAUUGGCACAGUCUGUCUUCAAACUGAUCUUGAAGUAUAUGUAUGACAACAACCUAGGGGACAGACAGGAGAAGGCAAUGGCUGAUUAUAUAGUUCAGUUGGGUUUACAAAAUGAAGGUCUCCGAGAUGAGAUAUAUUGUCAGUUAGCUAACCAGACGUGGAACAACCAGAAAAUCAACACAGCCGAGAAGGUGUGGCAACUGAUGGCUCACACUCUCAGUGCCUUUCCUCCAAGUCCAGCGCUAUAUAAAUACCUUCUCAAGUAUGUAUCAGAUGUUGGUCUGGAUGGAUAUAAGUGGUUUUGUCAGCACAGAGCCCUGCAGUGUGCCAAUAUUGAGCCACAGCUCAGUCGGGUCUACCCUCCCUGCCUCCUUGAGUGGAGAGCAGCACAAAGGAAAGCCAAUAUGGCACUGGAAGUUAGAUUUGCUGAUAAUGCAACCAUGAUUGGCCAUGUUGAGUCGUGGACAUCAGGGGAGGAAUUUGCCAAGCAUUUGUUGAACCAGAGAGGUUUACGAGACAACAACAUGGGUUGGACAGUCGUGUUACAGGAAGACAUGGAUUACUACGAGUUGAUGGGAUAUGACUAUGUCCUUGACCUGGUCAGUGAGAUGGAGAUUCCACCUGGGUUCCCAGUGUGCAGGUCACAUUUCCUUGUCUCCUCUGAUAGAACACGGGAACCGCUCACCCUGCAGAGAACCUUCUACAGUGAAUCACCACAUCACCCAGAGCGUGAGAGACACAUGCGGAUAAAGGGCAAACUACCAGAUCCAAUGAAAAUUGAUAUUACAAAAAUAGAGCAGCGCAGCAUUAAACAGCGUAGUGUGAAUGGUGAACGUGUAGGGGAGGAGGAACAAGAGAGUGGAGUCGAGUUCUCAAUGACAAGCGCGCUAAAUAAACGGCCACAUGGUGUUAGUGUUGAUGGACUGUCGGACAAUAAACUCAACUUGAGAUACACAAAACGGAAAGCUGCACCAAACCCACCAAUUGCUAAUGGACACUUAAUAGCCAAUGGAUAUGUUGUUAAUGGAGAUAUUAGUGAAAAUGGGCAUGAUUUGUCCCAAACUCAUUUGAACAGAAGAUAUAAUAAUGGAGUUAAUGGUGAUGACAUGAGUAACACCAAAUUGAAUCAGAGAUACUUACGCAUGACAAAAGUGACUGGUAGACAGGGUGCAGCUGAUAAAAUCGCCAGGAAAGCACAUCGAGAUGACCGCCAUGCUGGGUCUAUGGACAAUGUAUCCGUGGCAACAGGACAUUCUGACUGGUCACACUGGGUGGAGGACGUAUUUAGUAAUGCCCUCAAUGAGCAUGUUGAUGGAUUGUCUGACGCUAGAUCAGUUGAGAAUCGGCUCAAAGGUGGGGGUAAAGGAGGUGGAGAUGGUGUACCAGGACCUCAGUUUCAGGCUGGUCCUAGUGGUGUACAAAAUGGAGGUAUCAACAUACCUCUACAGCAGGUCCCUGUGAAUGGAGGGCUUCCGAACAUGGUACCUCCACCUAACCUCAACCUGUCCGCCUCCAGUAUAGCCCCUCAGCUAACACCUCAACAGAUUGCUGCUCAACAACAGGCAAUGCUGCAGGCUUACGCUCAGGCCCAAGCUCAAGCUCAGGCCCAGGCUGCACAGCAACAAAGACAACAACAAGCCUUGUUACAGGCUGCCUAUCAACAGCAGCAGCAGCAACAACAGCAGCAGAAUCAGCAGCAGUAUGCUGCCUUACAGCAACAACAGUUACAGCAGAUGCUGCAGCAACAACAAAUGUUACAGGCAGCAAUACAACAACAACUACAGCAGCCAACUUCCCAAACAGUGGUCAGUCCAGGAGCAAGUUUCAACUCGCCACAAGCUUCAGCAGUUGGCUUUUUCGCUGGUGGUUCUACACAGCCAACAUUCACCAGUGAGACCCAGCAGACGCGGAUGGUAGCCCCAGUCCCUGUGAGUGGGGGACGGGAACUACCUAUCACUGUGCAAGGUACUCAAGAGUUAGACAGUAGCGGAGCCAAACGUGUGUUCAAAUUCAAGCAUCAUUACGAGAAAGAAACAGUUAAUGCUAAUCAGGGGGAAAGACAAAUUGUUCAUGAGAGGGUUGCCACUCCACCUCCACCCCCUGUGCAGUUUGCAGAUCAGACUCCUAGAAUGGCCCCUGCACCACCGGCCCCACCACCUCCUCCUCCUCCAGUCAUCCAUUCAGACACCUUUGACCAAGACAAAGGAACAUUUACUUUCCGAGAUCGUAAAGGUCGAGCACGGACUGUGCGUAUUGGGAGAGUAGUGUGGCCACCACCUCAGGACAAAGAAGAGAAAAAGGUCAGAGAUGUCGGAAGACUGGAAAUCGACGAAAAAGUGCAGAGAGAGCUGGAUGAAAAAAUGAGACCAACAAAUGUAAUUAAAAAGCCAGAGUCACCUAAAGUUGAAAGGAAACAGGAACACAAGAAGAAGCAGCUGGCUGAGACAGUUCACCUGGCAACCUUACAGCUCCUCGAGCAGAAACUGGGCGGGGCUCCCGAGCCACCUAAACCUCCGUCUCCUCCGCCACCACCCAAAUCUAUAGAGCCCCCACCUCCCCCUGCGAUGCCACCCCCAAAGAUGCCUCCAUUAAAGACCCAUCAUGUAAAGAUGGAGUAUGUUAAGGCAGAGCCUGUCACUGAGACCCAGACAACUGUUAUUACUACCACAGAGGAACCACUACCCCCGGAGCCCGAGGUGAUAGACUACAGAUCACUGGAGCUGGUUAUCACUGACCUAUACAGACAGAACAAAGAUACCUUCCUCAUGUACCAUAACGUACCAUGGACUCUUCAUGUCAGAAAGGAGGUGUUUAUGCCAGGAGAGAGGCUGGACAAUCCGUUGGCACUACACCUUGUCUUCUGUCAGGUGGUACAGGACGUGUACAAUAAUGGAUGUAUAAGGAUCAACAAAGACGAAAGAAUCAAAAUGAGGGGAAUGCUAGAGAGCCAUGGUAUAAAUGCGGGUAACUACCUGACUGGGACGUUCAAGCCUCAGGUGAAGAGAAUCAUUGUGGAUACAGCAAAGGAAUGGCCAACAUACUUCUGUCGACUCUUCCCUGUUGCUUCAAGUGGACAUCUUGCAGGAAUACACUAUGUUGGUGUAAGUCAUUCAGGUAUAUACCUGGUCCAGAGAGUGAAAAAUCUGGUAGAAGAUUACCUCGAUGUGAUAGAACAUAUCAAAUUUGAAGAUGUAGUGGAUGUUUUGAUGCCGUCACGGACCUCAAUACAGAUCAGUACAAAGAACAAGCCAUAUGUAUUUUACACAAACAGAGCACAACAGAUGAAGGAUAUGCUUGAUUUAUACCUUAAUGAAAGUGACAGGAUAAAUAGAUACGUUGUUGCAAUGAAAGAUUAUAUAACAAGGGAGAGUACUUUGUUAUCCUUCAAACGUGGUGAUGUUAUCAAACUGGUGGAUGCUGAUGUCGACGAAGGUUACGCUAAGAGAGGCUGGCUGUAUGGUAUAUCAAAUGGUGUAUAUGGGUACUUCCCGGCAGAGUUGGUCAAACCUCUCGCCAGACACGAGGUGGAUUAUGCUAGAAGAGAAGCCAUUGAAAGAACUCCAAGCUUUAGAAGUCAACAGCAGCCGUCAGCACAUUUAUCUGAAACAACAGUGCAGAAAGUCAUCCACAAAACCCACAACACUAGUCGGGAUGAUUCUCGGGAGAUGGUUCGAGAUGGCCCAAUAUUACGUGAAGCUCUACCACCACCUGACAACCGCAGUGAAACUAGUCAAGGUACCAUGGUUCCAGAUGGCAAGUUCUCCAUGAUGGAGUUCGCGCUCCUACACUUCCGAGAGAGUGUUGACAAGUAUGAUUUGUUGCGUCCAAACAAUGGUUCCUUACAUGGCACGAUAAAAUCGAUUGAGAAAUUGAAGCUGCAUAACCUACAGAAGCAUGAGAGGCACCGCCGAGGUUCAGGUGAUUGGACAUGGAAAGAGCAAGCUGAGAUGGUCAAAUGGACAAGGUCACCAAUACAGACAUCAUUACUCAAACUGGAUAAUCCUGAACUCAACAAGUUAGCAAUAGAAUGCUUCAUCUGUAUAAUGAAGUUUAUGGGAGAUUAUCCAAUGUCCUCCAACCAGACAGAGAUGGACUGUGCUCUAAAAGUACUCAGGGCCUGCCACAAGUAUCCAGAGUUGCGGGACGAGGUUUACUGCCAGUUAUGUAAACAAACAACAAAUAAUAGGAGCAUGAAACCGAAAAGUUGUAUAAUGGGUUGGAGAUUAUUUGCUAUCAUUGCGGCGUACUGUGACUGUUCCGAGGCUUUCCGGCCGUAUUUGUUCAAGUACCUAGAGACUGUUGCCUCGGAUACACAGAGAACAUACAGCGGAGCAGCAGCUAUCUGCCUGCAGAAUCUACGAAAAACGUUCAAAUAUGGAGGAAGGAAAAAUGUGCCAUUAAAAGAAGAAAUCAAUGCUUUAGCUAAUGGAAGAAUUUCGAAGAGGUUUUCGUUCAUCUACAGUGGCUCAGAGAGGGAGGGAAUGCUACACAUAAAACCAUGCACUGUUGUCCGUGACUGUACAGAGGAUAUUUGUCAACGUCUCGAUGUUGUUGACCAAGUGGAGAUUGAAGAGUACACGGUGUUCCUGCGUACUCGGGAUGGUCAGUUCAGUCGAUUGCGUAAUGAGGAGUAUAUCCUGGAUGUAACGGCAGAGUUACUACGCAGCAGACGUGAUUAUGACCUUGUCUUCCAGAGAACAGUUUGGUACUUCCCAUUUAAAUCGUCAGAUAACCUGCUCUACAAUGAACUCAUGUAUUUCCAGUGCCUACCAGACUAUAUAGAUGGUCUAGUUGUGAUGAUUCGCGAUGGUGCUUUAAAUAAACAAUACGAGAUGGACAUCCAGUUCAUGGCAGCAUUGUUACACAGGGCCUCGGAUCAUGUCAAUAUGCCGACACUACGUGACCUUGAGCACUUGUUACCUGAGAUUGUUCGUGUAUUGCCAAGCUACAAGAGUCAGCAAUGGUUAAAUCGUGUACAUGAAGAGAUGAAAACAGUCAUUAAACAUACACCACCUGAGUGUAUGGCCAAAUUUGUUGAGGUGCUUUCACAAUGGCCUUUGUUUGGAUCUACUUUCUUCAGAGUGAAGAAAGUGUUAACACAGCCGAUGUAUGGAGAGUGUAUCCUUGCUGUAAACAAAACUGGAAUAGUUUUCCUUGAUAUUCGUUCACAUGAGGUUUUCCUGCAGUAUAGUUUUGGUGAAGUUCUUUCGACAAGACGUUACCGUAGUGACAGUAAUCAAAACUACUUAGAUAUGAAACUGGGUAACCUUAUGGUGCAGAAAAUUGUACGCAUAGAAACUGAACAAGGCUCGGAUAUCUCAAAUCUGAUUGGCCAGUACAUGCAGGUGAUCAAUCGUCAUCGGAAACGACCUUCAGAACGCGGUGUCACAGCUCCUUACCAGACACCUAGGGAACAGUCGUACUGAAAACAUUCAGAGACACAAGUUAUAUAACGACACAAGAUGCACACUGACACAAGUUACAUGCUGACUCAAGUUCUACACGCUACCUUUGUGUUCAAUAACAGAGUUCAAUGUGUGUAACAGUAUACAGUUAUACCACAGUUUGUGGGAUAAAAGCCAUAGCAAGUGCUAGAUAGCCAUUGCCAAAUAAUGUCCGUACUAUAUUACUAUAUUUUGUAAAAUAUAUAUUAUUAUAUAGUCUAAAAUAUCUGCUGUGAUGUGAUUGUUGGAAAUCAAAAUAGUUUAUAUAUGUUGUUGGUAUGUAUAUAUUUUGUAUUUGACUGGUUAUGUGAAAUUGGGACCAAAGUAUUUCAUUGAUUGAUAGUUUAUAUAUGUUGUUGGCAGAAGGGUCAUAGAUUUUAUUUCAUUUAAAAAAAUCCAUAGGCUGGAUUAGCAACCAGAAUAAAAGUUGGUUUAUAUCCUACAAUCCUAGACAGGAUAACAGGCCGAAAUCUGAGGCUCUGAUAUUUUUUAUGUUAACUAUACCUGCAGACACAGAGAUUAUAUUUAAUAUGUAUGUACUCUAUGUUGAUUGUGAUUUUUGUUGGUUCUCUAUCACAGACAGUGAUAUUUUCUGAUUGGGUAGUUCUGCAGUCACUAUAAUGUAUAAGGUAUUUCUAUGACAACAUUAUGAUACUGCGUAAAGACUGCAGUGAUUUUAAGUGAGUCUGCCCAAGAAGGAUAUGCAGCAUGAAAUAUAUACUUUUUUUUAAUUAAAUACUGCAUUUACUUUGUGUAAUUCUAAAAUGUUGUUUUAGCUUUCCAUGUAUGGUACAUCAACACAUUAAGUUCAGUUGUAUAAUGCUCAGUGAUUCCCAUCUGGAGAGUAUAUAGUGAGAAAAGUGGAGUAACAAAAUUAUAUCAGUUAGUGGUUUAAGAUAGUUUAUGACAUCCUUUUUAAUUACAUUGAGAAAACAUUCCUGAUUGGAGGUCAUAAACUGAGUUUGAGAACCAGUCUGUAAAUGUAAGAUUGAAUCAUCCAAUCAGAGGCUUGGGAUUUUAGACUGGUAUUUACCUGCCUUCACUAUCAUAGCAUAUGAAUGGAUAGUCUGCUAUGUACUGUUGAUCCAGUUGUGUUACUAUGAAAAAGUAAAACAUAAACACUACAUUAUUUUUCAUUGACUGACCCAAUAAUCGGUGAUAUAAAUAACAUAUCUAUAUUUUGUAGUAAAUAUUAUUUUGUGAUAAAUAUUCCGAUACAUUCCAUUUCAGUUGUAUUAUAGCAAGACACAAACAAUGUUAAAUGUACUGGUAGGAAUAUCACUGUUAAUUGAAACUAUGCAAAGUGUGUAUUAGCACAGUAUGCAAACCUUGUAUUAUGAGUCAUAGCCAGAGAAAACCAGAAGAUACACAUUUUCAAAUGUUUACUUUUUAAAGUGUAUCAAUUCUGAUUUAAUUCACGAAUAUGUGAGUGCAAAAUGUAAAAAAAAUCAAUAUUUUUAGAUACCUGUAGAUGGUUUCAAAUUCUUUUACAUUAACAGCUAUGCAGUAAAGAAUUAGUUGCAAAGUAUAUGAAUCUGAUAUAAUAUAAAAUGAGCUUUUUCAGUCAAAUAAUUGUUUUAUAGCGAUGGAACUUUGGUUGAAACAAAUUAAUUGCUGUUUGAAUACACAUCCAAUUAAUAAGUAUAUGAAUACACAUUGAUGGCGACUUCUAUUUACUGUGAAAUAAUUUAAUUCUGUAGGCAUAAAAUCCUUGAGAAAAUACAGAGAAAUUUUCUUUGUUUGGAUUUAAUUUCAUGGAAUGAUGCAAGAAAUCCAUGAAAAAUAAUCCCCUACAGAAAUAAAUGACUUUACAGUAGUUUAAUGUUAUUGACAUCAACAGUGGGACCAAACAGCAUGGCUUUUUUUUUUGUAUAUUUGUUUAAUAAAUAAAUUAUGUUAAGAUACUGCUGACCUCAUUUCAUUCCAGUUCAAUUAAUAUGCACAUUCAUUUACAAAUAAAAUAUCUUUUGAAAGUUUAGUUGAUAUUUAUAGUUGUUGAAUUGUUUACAUUCUACUUCCCUGUUUUAUGUGAGGGGACAGAAAAAAUGUGCUUCUUAUAUUUUGUGUAUUAUUGAAGUGACUUUUUUAUGAUUUGACAAUUUUUGAAAUGAAAAAUGUUUAUCAAAAUAUCAAAACUAAUUUGCAAAAUUUUAACGAAUAAUUUUUUCCUGAUAUUAGCUGGCAUGCAAUUUACAAAUCAAAACAAGUUCAUCCAUUUACAUCCUAAAAUGAAACUAGUUUAUCAUAAAUUCCCUUCCAUUUAUGUUUUAUUGUACUGUCACAUAUAUACUUACAAAAAACUAAAAUAAUAUCAAUAUAUUUAUAUUUGUUAUUUAAUUUACUUUAUAGUUUAUAUGUAGAUGAAUCCUUUUUUGUUGUUAUUGUUUGUAUUGAUAAUAACUGUAUCUAGUUUUGUUAUGGAUUGAAAAUAUCCCAUUUUAUUCUGUUUCUGUUGUUAUUACAUCUUAAGUAGUUAAACCUUUACAAUGUGUUAUAAGCUGUUACAUUACACACUUGUAGCAAAUUAUGGUUGGCCUUCUUACAGGCCAAAGGAUCAUUGAAAUUAUGGCUCAUCCAAUAAACCUUUAUGCAAUAUUAAAUUAUAGAUGCCUGGUUGCUUUCAAAACAAGAGUAUAAUAUAGUAAAGGUUUAAAUCCUGAUUCUGUUUAUAAAGUGAAAGAUAAAACAUUUUAACAUCUUUCACAGUUUAUUUGUUAAGUCCAUAUACUUUCCUUAGCCGGGCUGCUGGAGAAACAAUAAAUAAUUCUAUGGUAUUGUUUCAGUCUUUCGUGUUAAGGUUGUGUGUUAAAGUAUAAACUGUAUCACAAUAUUAUAUAUUAUGUAUGUGCAAUUAUUAUAUAUGUAAUGAUCUGAUACAUAAGCAAUUUGCAUAUCUAACAGCAUGCUUAGGUGAAAAUAUAUUUUUUAUAUUGCAAAGGAAAUAAAUAUAUUAUAAAGCA